AUGAAGUUUUUAAUCAUAACCGCUAUGUGCUUCUGUGUAAAAACUGUGCUGACUCGAGAUUGCUAUUGGAACACUGGGUGCAAAUACAAAUAUUUUUCGAGUAAAACUCCGUACGAAAUUGUUAGAGGCGAUAUAAGGGAUUCGAUCGUAAAACAGGAAGGAUGUGAAACCAUCAGCGUGUGGUCUAUGUUGCGCCAUGGAAAAAGAAACCCUAGCCAAAGGUACUCGGAAGACAUACAAUUUAUUUUAAAGAACUACAAAGACUAUAUUGUAUCCAGUUACGAAAUUGGAAAUAGUUCACUUUGUGCUCAAGACGUAGAGAAUAUCAAAAAUUGGAAGAUUGAAACUAGUAUGCUUGAUGAACCAAAUGAACUAUCUAACGAAGGAUAUCGAGAGCUACUUAAUAUUGGAAGAAGGAUAAAAGAAACGUUCCCAGAACUUAUGAGUAACCUUCAAGAAAACGAGUAUAAAUUUACGCCAGGGUUUGGAACUCGUUUUGAAGAAAGCGCUAAAGCUUUCAUCGAGGGUCUGAACGAGCAUAAGUUGGUCAUCACCAAAAUAUACGGCGAUUACACUUUCGUCGCACCUUACUCAACAUGUGGAAAAUAUCAGGUCGAUAUACGGAAUAAUCGAAACAUUUACCAUGAAGCAGAAGUUUAUGAAAUGACUGAGGAGUACUUAAACAUGAGAGAAAGGGUCGCCAAUAAUUUGGGAUUCAAUUUUAUUCCCUCCAACGACAAUAUAACAGCAAUGUAUGACUUGUGCCGGUACUCUUGGAAUGGGCUCCUUCAUAAACCAAGUCCGUGGUGUGCUGUAUUCACAACUGAAGAUCUCAAAAUUUUGGAGUACGUCGGUGACCUUAGACAUUACUAUCGAAAUAGCUAUGGAGCAAUCAAAUUCAGUAAUGUACUUGGAAAACUACCGAUGACCGAUUUAUUUAGAAAUUUUGAACUAGCAAAACGUGGAAAUGGAAAGAAAAUUGUUUCCUAUUUCACUCAUGCCACUAUGAUGGAUAUGUUAGCAGUCGUUCUUAAUCUUUACAAAGAUCCAACUCCGCUCAUGGGAUCUCAUAGAAAUGUGGAUAGAAGAUACAGAUCCUCGUUUUUGUCGACGUUCGGCAGCAACCUAAUUGCAGUAUUGAACAGAUGCAGAAAAGCACACAACUACGACUAUAGUGUUUCAUUAUAUUGGAACGAAAAGCCGUUGACUGAAAUAUGCAACAAAGGAACCUGUUCAUGGCAGGAGUUUGAAGACAUAUUCAAACCGUUUUUGAAUGCCACUGACGACGUCUGUGAAUUUAAAUGGACGCAAAUAAAUUAA